AAAACUGGACAGUGGUCAGCGCAUUGGUCAGUCACGCACGUAAUUUCGACAUUAACCCUUCGGGACGGCCACUCGCAACGGGAUAGGCAGAGUUCAGAGGUCACCACCGUACUUUUGCCCGUUUCUUCUCACAGUCCGAACAGCAGGAAACUUAAGACUUUUCACGAUGAAUUUUAAUGAUUUUUGUAUUCAAAUGCGGAUUGCUCCAACCAGUUUGGGCAGUUCCUCCAGCACCCAAGGGAGUGUCCGCUGACUGGCAGGACACCAUAUCCUGGAUUGGCCCAUCGCCCAUCGGUCAAGCUGUAUGCGAAUCCCAUCCAAAAUGGCCAAUGUCCCAUGUUCGGAUCUCGCUUUUUAUUACUGCCAACUCUUUGUUCGCUGGCCUCGACAAAGGGAAGUUUUCUCAAGAGUCUCCCAAGGAACGAGGUCAACAGCUCCUAAUUAAGGUCACUUUCAUCCCAGCUCCCUAG